AUGGCGGUGCAGGUGGCGGUUCUGCCAUCCGCCAAGUGUCUGUUCGAUGACGCCGUGCGGAUCCGCGUGGCGGGCCUUCGGGCGCAGCAGGCCGGCACCCUCCCAGCCCGCCUGCUGGUCACCCUCCGAGCCAGCCUGCUGGAUGACAGCGGGGAGCUCUUCCAAGCCCACGCUCGCUACAGGGCUGAGAGCAGCGGAGAGCUCGACCUCAGCCGCUCCCCGGCGCUCGGCGGCAGCUAUUCGGGAGUGGAGCCGAUGGGACUGCUGUGGUCUCUGAAGUCUAAAGCGCCCUACAAGCGGCUGGCAAAGAGGAACGUCCUGACCCCUUUCUGUGUGGACUUGGAAGUGUAUGAGGGCCACGGGGACAUGGGGCAGUUGCUGGGAAAAUGCACCAAUGAGCGAUGGUUUUUAGGAGAGGGGGUGAAGAGGAUUUCAGUCAGAGAAGGUCGUCUGAAAGCAACCCUCUUCCUCCCUCCCGGACCUGGUCCAUUCCCUGGACUUAUCGAUUUGUAUGGAUCUGGAGGAGGUCUUGUUGAAUACAGAGCAAGUCUUCUGGCUAGCAGAGGCUUCGUGACUCUGGCUGUUGCAUACAUGGCCUUUGAAGAUCUCCCUGCUAUGCCAGAGGUGCUUGAACUGGGCUAUUUUGAGGAAGCUGUAAACUUUUUGCGGAAGCAGCAGCAGGUGAAAGAUACUGGGAUUGGCGUUUUGGGCUUGUCUAAAGGAGCUGAUCUAGCCCUUUCCAUGGCCACGUUUCUACCUGGCAUCAAGGCAGCUGUCAGCAUAUCUGGAAGUGGGUUUAAUUCUUUCAUUCCCCUGCAGGGGAAUGGCUUCACUAUUCCUUCCCAUCCAUAUGAUUUGGGGAGGAUGAAGACCAGUGAUGAGUCUGGCCUAAUAGAUUUUACGGAUGUCCUACAUGAUCACAGGGAUCCCGUGACGUGGAAUUGUCGCAUUCCUCUGGAGAGGUCCUUGGCCAAGUUCCUCUUCCUUUCUGGACUGGAUGACACAAACUGGAAAAGUGACCUGUAUUGCCAGGAUGCUGUCCAGCGCCUUCAGCAGUAUGGACGGGAUGUGGAGUUCUGCUCCUAUUCCGGAGCAGGGCACCUCUUGGAGCCACCAUACUUGCCUCUGUGCCAGGCUUCGAUCCACAGAGUGCUUGGGGCGUUUGUGCAGUGGGGAGGGCAGUGGAAGGAGCAUGCCAAAGCCCAAGAAGAUGCAUGGCGCAGGAUACAGGCCUUUUUCUGGCAACACUUGGUGGAGUCAGACAACCCUAAGAGCAAGCUGUAG